GCUGGGGAGCCUGCUCUUCACAAUCCUGACUACAUGCUGAUCCUGGACUGCCGCAGUGCUGAGCGGUAUAAGCAGUCACACAUGGUAACAGCCCGAGUUAGUCUGACAGUUUUGCACCCUGAGUUGGGGUGUCUGAUUACCAGAGGUCAACUUCAGGAGUACUCCAUCAUCCUGCUGUAUGGGGAGAACUUUGAUGGCACAGACAGUAGCAGGGAUUCAUCCGUGGAUUCUGCCACUCUCCAGCGAUGCUUCUGCCAGUUAAGCUCUCUGGGUAUGGACCCUAUCAUCUUGUUAGGUGGAUACUCUACCUUUGCCCAUCUAUACCCUUUCUUGUGUACUCAUAAAAUGAUCCUUUUAGAGUCUGAGCGGCAAGCCCUCACUAUUUACCCAUCAGAGAUCCUGGAGGGUUCUUUAUACCAGGGUUCAGCACAUCAAGCCUCUGACUACAGGAUCAUCAAAAACCUUCACAUCACACACGUGUUAAAUGCUACCGGUGAGUGUCCAGAUGCCUUUCCGGCAACUCUUUGCUACCUGAAAUUGCGUCUCAAUGAUGACACUCAUCAGGAUGUGUUUGAGAGUUUCCCAGUAGCUAACAAAUUUAUCAGUCAGGCUCUGCAAGUGGAUGGAGGCAGAGUCUUAGUGCACUGCAGCUUGGGACGGAGUCGCAGUUCAGCCCUUACACUAGCCUUCCUUAUGGAGCACCAACGUUGGACUCUGCGCCAUGCCUAUGAAUGGCUGAAGGAAAGGCGAGCAUGUGCUGCUCCAAAUGCUGGUUUUCUAAGGCAGCUUUCAAGCUAUGAGGAGCGAUUAUUUGGAAAGAAGCUGACAGCACUUGAUGACCUGUGUGUCUAGACAAGAUGGCUUUCAUUUUGCAUGAUCAUGCAAAAUCAGCUAUAAACACUUUGAUGUAUGGAGCUGGUGAACACUCUGGUGUAAUAAAUAUGGACAAACCCCUUAAGCAUUACUA